CCGCAAAUGUAAUCCCGCCGACUUCAAAAGUCUGUCAUUUGGUUGAUUUUCAGUCUUACAUAUCCUACACUAUGUUUAGCUAAUAUCUCAUUUUCUAUGGCUGAACAACCAAAUAUAUUAACAGACUCUUCUGUUGUUCCCUGUAAAAAGCGUAAGCAGGUAUGGUUAGCAUCCAUUGAUUCAAGUGUUGUAUUAAGACUGGAAAACCACAAAAUCAUGUUAAAAAAACGGAGCAGUUACUAAAAAAGUUAGAGAACCCAAAAAAUGCUUAUCGCUUGAUUACUUGUGAAUUCGAUGAAAGUAUCUUACAAAUGUCUGGCUUAUUGGCAUCUUUGACAUCGAAAUUAGAAGCUAAUUGGCAGUCGUCAACAAUACAGUAUUUAACUGAUUCAAAUGAUCCUUUGGAGAAAAUUGUUUCACAACAAUUGCCACCUUUAAUUCAACCUAAAACUGUUGGAUUAAAUGGUCUCAAUGGUUCUGUUCCUAUCUCAUUUUCUUUCACUUGGACACGUUAUCAACCAACAAUAGACUUGUCGACUAACGAAAAGGAAUCAGAAUCAACAGAUGAUGAAAUGUUAAACAUUAAACUUAAUCCAUUUAUCGAACCUGAAGUUGUCAUUCUGUUAACUGCUGAUCAAAUUAAAAAUUUACUCAUCAAAUCGUCUAAUGAUACUAAACAGAAAUUACACGAGAAUGCAAAUCUUAUUGCGUUUGGUACUAGUUUAAUGAAUUUGAAACGACCAGUUACCUGUAUUUUCUUGACAGGGCCUACUUUUAAAUCGAAAACUAACCAUUUGUCAUCAUCAAAGAAUAUUUCUUCAUCAUAUAUGUCAAUUAAUGAAUUAUGCGCUGAACUACAAUUAAAUUGGCAUGUACACAGUACUCGUGUCACAUCGAAUUUACAUGAUGUUGCCAUGAUUUUAAAUGCGAUUACACGAUCGUUGGCGGAAAGACAAUUUAAGCAAGGACGUUUAGAGCGAGAUGAAGGACUAUCAUUUCUACCAAAUACUAUACACAAAGGUUUGAGCGGUUGUGCUUCGCGUGGUCGUGGUCCUGGUAAAGCACCAAUUACUAUAAACAAUGAUUCUGAAUCACUGAGCGCUAAUCAAGAACAAAAUCUACACUUAUGGUCUAGUCGAGUAUGGCUGGGUCAACUAGGUCAGUGGCGUGGACUAACUGGUGAAAUUGCUCAUGCUAUCACUUUGGUAUAUCCAACUAUAAGAUCAUUCUAUAAUGCAUGCAAAUUAGCGGAAGCUCAAUCAGGCAAUCAAGGAACACUUUCAUCAUCUAAUCAACUUACAGAACAAAAAUAUAUUCAUCCAUUUGAAAUAGAAUUAGCCAAUUUAGAAAUACGUCGUGGUGUUGGUGUUUUAUCAACAAAAAGACGUUUAGGUCCUGAAUUUGCUAAACGUUUAAUUAAACUAUUCACAUCAAAGAAUCCAGAUGAAAUUAUCAAUUAAGUUUAGAGAAUGUAAUUUGUUUAUUUUUUUUUUUUUU